AUGGGCUUCCAUCACUUACCACUGCUCGUUUCACUUGUGCUAACUUGUACCGAAUGCUUCAUCGUUCCAGUGACAUUUCUCGGAAACGCCCAGGAGAGCUCGGCCCUGGCGCUCAUCUCACCCAGCACCGCUGACCAACUCCCGUCGCCUUCGGUGCUAUCAAGUCUCGAACAACGCGGGCCCGCGACGGCAAACGGCCGAAAUUUGAACUACAUCGCCACGGGCGCUUUCGAAUUCCAGGCACCCAAGGCCGGUAUCGCCUCCAACUCGACGGCCGGCGAUAUCAAGCGGCCCACGGUCACAAUUUAUCGCUCCGUCAACUCCACCUUCGUAUAUGAAAGAUACUUCCUGCUCACCUUCAUCACAACGAGUAUCCAUAGUCCUUCUUACGCAGCAGCUAUUCCAUCCUCGACGCUCAAUUCCACCAUGGUCUCGCAGGACAUCUUCGCGGAGCCUAUCGAUUGCAAGGCCCCGCCCUCCAGCGUUGCCGUUCGGGACGAUCACCCUGUUCCGCGAAAAGGAAUUCAGUCGCAGGCGCCUCUCCAGACGAACAAAUUUUACUCCAACUUUUUCCUCGGGGAUCAGCUCGGCCCCACCUACACCUUCCCCUACUCGGUGCAAUGGGCGGGCGGCAAGGGCGUGACGGCGAGCUGGGGUCUGUCAUGCUCUCACAUUGAGCCUCACCAGCGUGUCUUCGGACAAGAACGACACAACGGCGCUGCGGCGUACUACCUCAAUCCCGUCGGAAUCCAGUCGAUGGUGAUGUCGGCGAAGGAGUUGGGAAACGAUACCUCUCUCGCCGUCGACAGCAUCACCGCGUUUUCCGCCAGGGUCAGCCUCAGCAAGGAUCGUGAUUCACCCCCGGCCAUCUCCUUCCCCCUGGUCCAGGGGAUGGCUUACAUCACCGCCCAGUACGACGGCGCCACCCCAGUCCUUCGCUCAGGCGUCUUCUUCAGGACUGUGAGUCAAGUAAUCCGGCAACCAAAGGAGCACGUGACCAAAUUCACCUUCCACCUGGAGGAUGGAACUCUGUGGCGUGUGUACGCAUGGAGAACAAAGGGCGAUGACCUCGACCUUGCGGUGAUCAAUAAUGGACUCGCCGAAGCGACGAAGCCAUUCCACGGCAUCAUUCAAGUAUGCAAGGACCCUGCUACCCCGGGGUCAGAAGCCAUGUUGGACGACGGGGCCGGAAUAUAUCCCCUCACGCUCAGCUUGUCUGGCACGGCAUCCGGCUCCGAGGGCACCUAUUCGUUCAAUUUUAGUAGGGGUGGUCACCAGUCCGGCCACCUGUACAUGUAUGCCUUGCCUCAUCACAUCGACUCCUUCGACGAUGAGACCAGGGGCCAAACCCAGAUGGUCCAACUUCCGACGACGACGAAGGGCAUGGCCUCGCUGGUCAGGGGAGUACGGUGGACGCUGGUAGAGCCUGGAAUGCCCGUCGAUGUAGGUUUCGCCCCCUGGCAUCCCGAGAAAGGGAGCAUUGAGAAACUGUCCGACCGGGCGAAGCGCACCAUACGGGCGGCUGCUGCCAAGGAAGUGUCGCAGAACAUGAUUGCGCAGUCGAACCUCAACUCGAUGUACUUUAGCGGCAAGGCACUCGCCAAGUUCGCCACCAUCAUGUAUGUUGUGGACCGCCUCAUCGGAGACAAAACUCUGGCGGAGACUGGCCUGGGUCAGCUGAAGGCUGCCUUUGACAUAUUCGCGGCAAACAAGCAGGAGUUUCCGUUGGUGCGCGAAACUGCCUGGGGUGGUGUUGUUUCCUCGGCGAGCUAUUCCACAGGAGAUGCGGGCGUCGACUUUGGCAACACGUAUUACAAUGAUCACCAUUUCCACUACGGCUACCACAUCUUGGCGGCGGCGACCAUUGGCCACCUGGACCCCGACUGGGCCAAAGCGAAUGCGGACUAUGUCAACAUGCUGGCGAGGGAUGUUGCGAACCCGAGCCGCAAGGACAGCUACUUUCCCAUGUGGCGCAGCUUCGACUGGUAUCACGGCCACAGCUGGGCUCAUGGUCUCUAUGCCGCGGCGGAUGGCAAGGACCAAGAGUCGAGCUCGGAAGACAUGAUGCAUGCGUACGCCCUCAAGAUGUGGGGGCAGGUGAGUGGCAAUACUGAUCUCGAAGCCAGGGGCAACCUGCAGCUCGCGAUCCUCUCUCGCAGCCUGCAAAAUUACUACCUGUACAAGAAGAGCAACACGGUGCAGCCGAAGCAGUUCAUCGGAAACAAGGUGGCCGGAAUCCUGUUUGAAAACAAGAUUGACCAUACGACGUACUUUGACCCGAGGAUUGAGGCAAUCCAGGGAAUACACAUGAUCCCCAUCCUUCCGCCGACGCCGUUCGUUCGCUGCAGGGAUUUUGUCGAGGAAGAAUGGGAGGCGUUCUUCAGCAACGGUCGGAUAGACGAUGUACGCAACGCCUGGAAGGGCAUAAUAUAUGCCAGCUACGCAACCGUUGCGCCGAGGAAAGCGUGGGAGUUUUUCACGUCGAGUACUUUUGAUGCUCAAUGGCUCGAUGGGGGCGCGUCGUUGACCUGGUUCUUGGCCUAUGCUGCAGCUCUUGGUGACAUUUGA